CACUAGGCGGCUCAAGCAAGUCGUGGUGUGUGCUCCCUCGUCCACUGUGCGUCGCUGUCGAAACAAGAGACCUGCAGACGCGUUCAAGGCAUCAAUAUCAGCCUCUUCCAUCGACUGAUCAGUCGACCUUCCUCUGAAUCGCGUCGCGAGGCCUCCGUCAGCCUCCACGCCAUCUAGCCGUCGCAACCAUGUGCAGUCGGAGGAUAGCCCUCGCGCUGCUCGUCGCCCAAGCGGCGGCGCUCGUUGUCCCGCCGUCCUGCGCCCGCUGCCGGCGUGUACGACUGCGGUCCGAGCCCGGCGACGCGCCGGCCGAGGCCGCCGCGCCUGUAGAAGAUGUGCCCAUCGCGACGACGGAGCCGGAGCCGGCGGCGCCCCAGCUCACGGAGCGCCAGAAGGAGAUCGCGCGCCUGCGCGCCGCCGAGAAGUUCCUGGAAAAGGACACGGGAAAGUACAUGUGCAAGGUCUGCGAGUACCAGUCUGUGCGCAAAUCAAACAGUGAGUCGGGUGCACCCGAAAAUUCUUCACGAAGUCCUUUCUCGGCGACAACGCGACCUUGAUGACUGAAUCGAGUGGUGUAGGACCCACACCGCUACGCCAUUGAGCUCGCGUCGCGUCGAUGGCGUGGAGGCCAUGAUUCAGCAAGACGCGCCGCAAGAAUUUGAUUUAUGCACAGGUACCAGUACGACCCCGAGGAAGGCGCCAAGGGCGUCGCCGCCUCGACGCCCUUCGAGGACAUCCAGUCGAACUGGCGCUGCCCGCGCUGCCGCGCGUCGAAGGACUCCUUCGAGCCCGUGACGAUUACCAUAGCCGGCUUCGCGGAGAACCAGAACUACGGCUUCGGGGGCAACUCCAUGACCGAGGGCGACAAGAACCUGGCGAUCUUCGGGGGUCUGGGCUUCUUCUUCGUGCUGCUGCUGUCGGGGUACCUGAUGACGUAGGCUCCUGGCGUAAUAAUGAAGAGGGGUUG